CCGGCGGCCUCUGGUGGGUGCAGUGAUGGAAGUGAAGCCUCGAUUUGGGGUUAUGUCAUAGCAUCUUGGCUGUGGGUUAUGGAUGCGCCUAUAUCAGGGCUGUCUCGGCUGCGUAGAAGGAGUCGACCAAGGCACCUAUUGCACAAGGGAGCCAAAAGCAGCCCCGACACCACAAGCAAACAACCGCCAGGACGAAGUUCCAAAAAAAUAAUUAAAAAACCACGACGCAAUGCACAUCCCCGCCGGCCUCCGCUCCCCCAGCCCCGACGCCCUCGUCGCCGGGAGCCUGGCCGCGCUCGGGCAGCUCGCCAACGUGCGGCGGCAGGUCCCGAACGGGCCCGGCAGGCAGGACUUGGACGACGCGCGCGACGACGCCCAAGACUCGUUCAACCGGGGUGCCGACGCGGUCCGCACGGGCGCCACCGUCAUCAGCGUCGGCGCCAUCGUCGGCAUCGUCCUUGGCGGCGUCGCCUUCAUCGCGCUCAUCGUUGGGAUCUGCUGCCUGGUCAAGCGCCGGAGGCGCGUGGCCCGCGGCGCGGGCGGCGCCGUCAGCGAGUUCCGCUACGGCGCCGGCGCCGGUGGAUGGGGUGGCGGGAACGCGGGCCACCACCACCACCACGGGCCGGUCCACAACAAUGGCGCGCACGCUGGUGGCCACCACGGGCCCGCGGGGACGCACGGGCACGGAGGAGUGGGUGUCUAAGCCGAGGAUUGCCGUCCAUAGGGAUGGGCUGUAGGGGUGGUUUGGCGAGCGCUGUUAUGACGGUAUUUGACGGAGAGUUGGGUGUUUUUUCUCGGUGUUUCUUUCUUUGUUCUAUCUAUGCACGUUGUUGGAGCUCCCAAGCAAAGAAGCGCAGUUCGCGUCAUGGGUUCUUUCCUUUCCUUCCGCUUUUUACACCGCCCUCGCUCGGGCGCAAUGAGCACACGAAUAUUCACGUUAUCUUUAUGCACAAACUUCGUC